AUGUCAAAAUUACCAGGCAACGCAGGUGUAUCGCUGCUAGGGGACAAGUCGCUGGACUUUUAUCGGGACCCGGUGCUAUUUUGCCGGGACAAGAUGGAGAAAUACGGCAGCAGAGUGUUUCAAAGUCGUCUGAUGAACAGACCCACCACCAUCGUGUGUUCGGCGCAGGGUAUGAAAGAGCUGCUGUGCGAGAAAUCCAAUGUAUUUCUGAAAGAUCCAACUGAUCUGAUGACCAAUAUGUAUGGUGACACCAUUGUUACCACCAAUGGCGAAGAGGCGUGUCUUCUGCGUCUGUCUUUCACCAGCUUGUUCACAGGAAGUUGCUUAGAAUCCUCAAGUGAUUACAUCACCAGCGUAAGUGAACACUGUCUCAAGGAUCUCGGUCACAGUGACGAACCACAGUGUGUGUACACCACAUUUAAGCAGCUUGGUACAGAGCUGGUUUUGGGUCUUUUUCUUAACGUGCAUGCGGACAAGGAGCCGGAACUCUUUCAGAAAAUCACACAGCUUUGCACUCAGCACUGGCAUGGUCUCAUCUCUGCUCCGGUCAAUGUAAAAGUCCCUCUGUGGUCAUCUGGGUUUUCCGUGGCCUUGGAAGCCAGAGAUCAGCUGAUGGACGUUAUCAAUGACAAACUUAAGAAUGACAGAGAAGGUUUUGUGGGCUCCUUGAGGUCUCUGCCACUGCCCAGUUCUGCGUGCGCUUCCCAGCAUCUCUUGUUGUUCAUCUCAGCCCUCAUUCCGAAAGCUCUGGCAUCACUACUCACGUCAUUCACUGUGGCUCUGAGUGGGAAAGAACAGGAGGAAACUCGAAGACGAGCGCUGAUGGAUGCUGAUUAUCUGGAAUGUGUCUUGCUGGAAGUUCAGAGACUCUGGCCUCCUUUCAUUGGUGGCCGCAGGAUAGCAGAGCAGGACACUACCCUUGCCGGUUUUCAUGUCCCAAAGGGUUAUGCUGCCAUCUAUAUCAGUCAUGCUGUCCACAGGGACCCGCAGGUGUUUGAGAAGCCUGACAACUUUUCUCCAGAGAGAUGGAGCGGGAGGAAUGCAGACCACAAGCACUUCCUUUGUUCCUUCGGCAGUGGAUCUCGAAAUUGCAUUGGUAUGAAACUUACAGACGUCUUCCUUAAGGAAGCAUGCAUGUAUCUCUUAAAACACUAUGACUGGUGUCUGGACCCGCCCUCACAAAACCUGGACUACAAAUGGCUGCCUGUGUCUAGGCCGGCAAACCCCCCCACUGUCUCCUUCACCAAAAUGGAUCUUGACAGAACCAACGAAAACAACACCACGUAG